AAGAGAGCAGACAGACAGAACAGAGAGAGAGAGAGCAAUAGUUGUCCAAAAUAUGAUAACUUGCGCUUUAAGCGCAAUGCGCACAUCAUCUCUAACCUCUCAACUCUUCAUAUAAAUUCACAAAUUAAACUUCACCCUUUUUCACUCUCACACACAUACCCACUCGCUCACUCAACUCACUCACCCAGAGUCCAAGAACACCACAAUUCAGAUCCCAAUUCAACAAAAUUUACAGUUCUUGACUACUAAUAUGGAUCCUCCUUUAAUAAACGAGACAUCCUUUUCUGCAGCUAAUCCAUCUUCUUAUACUUUAACUGAGAUUUGGCCUUUUCCAAUUCUCAACGGAGACGGCAGUUCCGGGCCUUCCGGCGGUGGUUUGGGGCUCAGAAUGGGGAAUUUGAGCGGUGGAUUUGGUGAUAGAGAUGGGUCUAUGGAGGAAUCUACGGUGACUGAGCAGAGCGUUGGUGGCGGAAGGAAGCGGAGGGAUUUUAGCUCAGAGGAUGAGUCAUCUAAGAUUGUUUCUACUUCAAGCAGUGGCAAUGAAUUGCAUGAUUCGAAUGUUAAGAGAUUGAAAGUAUCGGGAUGGCGAAAUGAGAAUGGUAACUCAAAAAUCGAAGUAGAAGAAAAUUCCGGUACUGAUAAGAAGCCGGCUGAGCUAAACGGUAAACUAUCGGAUGCACCUAAGCAGGAUUAUAUUCAUGUAAGAGCUAGAAGGGGUCAAGCAACUGAUAGUCACAGUCUAGCAGAGAGAGCGAGGAGAGAAAAGAUAAGUGAGAGGAUGAAAUUACUCCAAGAUUUGGUCCCUGGAUGCAAUAAGGUUAUUGGUAAAGCUCUUGUUCUUGAUGAGAUCAUUAAUUACAUCCAAUCGCUACAACGCCAAGUUGAGUUCCUGUCAAUGAAGCUAGAAGCAGUCAAUUCUAGUAUGAACAUGAACCCCUCUGUUGAAAGCUUUCAUCCAAAAGAUGCUGUUGCACAGCCAUUUGAUGCAACUGGAAUGCUUUUUGGAGCUCAAUUGGCUAGAGACUAUGCUCAGGCAUCGCACCACGAAUGGCUGCAUAUGCAGAUAGGCGGAAAUCUCAAAGAACAACAUAAACAAUCAGCAAUAACAAUGUUUGUUUCACCCAUUUAUUUACUUGGGGGACAUUCAUUAUUGGCUUCUACAUCCAGUGGAUCAAUUAAUGUAUGUACUAUGUGUGACUAUUAUUGAUGGUGUAAUCUCAUAUAGUUUGUAGAAAAUGCAUCUAAUCCUAAAUGUAUCAUCUGACUGAAUUCCUUGUACUAUCUUGUAUUAGUUACUAAACAAAAUCUCCUAGAUAUAAGAUGUUGAAAUGAAAAUAUUUGAAAUUGAAUUUGAA